AUGUCCACUCGACGGACUUUGAGCGAUCAGCCUCGCAAUUGGUCGCAGGACUCGAGCAGUUCAGCAGAUGAUGUGCCUGUGCCUCGACCCAACCGCAUAGUCAAAGAAGGAGUACCUGAGAGACAACCCAAGGGUCCACCUUCCGAACACCGACUCGAGCAAGAUAAGGGCUUCGCUCGCUUCCUCAAAAAGCACUCUUCGCCAACCCACCAGCGAGUCACGGCUGGGGGACGUAUUGUGCCAAUGGAACAGCGACCCCGUCCUCCUGUAUAUCAGCUGGGUGAUGGAAAACAAAGUCCAGAGCCAGAACGCAAGAGCACCAGACGUGAGGGAGUGGCAAUGAAAAUGCAGGGCCUGAGAUUGGAUACUGGAGUUCAGGUCAAGCCAAAGGCGGAUCCUGAUGAUCUCCUUCAGCCCCAGCCUCAGGCCCAGCUUCAGCUGCCUGUCAAGACUGCACCCAUGGACCACAAUGCCCUUACUGCCGGAUACAACGUGAACAUUGUGCCCAACAAUGAUACCUUGGCUGUUGACACCACCAGUGCGCAGUCCCACUGGCUAGCACCGAUGCUGCCCGCGUCCGUCGGGCCAAGCGUGUUCCCUGAUCCAUACUAUUUGCAUAGUCCUCAGCUGUUCCCUGGCUAUGCAUUGCCCUUGUCUCCACCCCCAUCUGGGUUCAACGGUGGUUUUGAUGGACAGUUCGCCAUGCCUCCGGUCCACUUCCCAGACGUGAUGGGACUUCCUGCCUUGGGCGAGACCGCGGCGAUGGUCGGCGAGCCAUCUCCUACCGGAUCAAGCUAUUUCGAUCAAAUGGUUGCCGCUGCCACUCUGCGCUUCCAAGAACUGGAUCGUCAACUGAAGACGCUCGAUCGCCACCGUGCCAUGUCUUCGCGCGACCCCUAUCUUGUCGAGCAUCGGAUGGCAGUCGUGGAGAUGCGAGCCAACGCAAAGGCAGAUAUCUCAUAUUGGACCAAUCUUGCUGCCGGAAAUAGGGCUACUUCCGACUUUUCUGUGGGCGCUCCCUCAAGCACCCUCAAUGUGGAAGCAGCUAGCUAUGUUCCUCUCAAGCCCAAUCCGCUCGACACCACAUCGAUCAGCAACUCCAGCAAUCUGUUGAAGGGGAGUGACAGCACGGUACAAACCACCAGGCCCAAAGGCUCGCCCAAGGCAGGACGGCGUCGAAUCCCGAUUGUGCCGCCUCCAGAGGCUUCAGCUUCGCCUAUGAAGAAGGUCGGAGAGGAUGCUCCCAGCCAAGCCACUUUUGCGGCUGUUGAUGAAUGGGGUGUGCGUGUCGGCAAUGCACCGCCAGAGUUGCGUCGUCACCAGGAGGAGAUGGCUAAGGCACUCAUGCGUGCAGCGAGCAAGUCGUCACAUAAAUCGACCACCGAAGGGUCCACGAGUAGUCCUGCAGUCAGCCACGAUACAUCCCCGUUGCACGAUCAAUCAGUCCCCCUCGUGGGCGGCGACGAAGCAGAGAACAAGCGAGAGGGCGAUGAAUGGCUGCCUGCAAAGACCGGACGUGCGCCUCCAAAUAUCGAAGCAUCCUAUGAAUUGCAACUGAAUGCGCUGCGGCUUCCCAAGGGGAUCAUUAGCAAGGUCAGACUGCCUGAUGGCACUGUCACCGAAGUCCGAGGUCAAGGCUUGCAGCGCCCGCCAUCUUUGGGCAUGGACGACUUUGAGAGACGAUACUGGAAGUCCAAGCCUGUCCUGACCAAGGAAAUGACAGCUGGUUUCAUCGAGAUGCGACCCUCCGGCGAGGCACCUCUUACAGACACUGCCGUUGAAUACCUCGACUUUAAUUCCCCCAAUCGGGAAAGACGCGCUACACCAUUGAAGGAAAAGGAAAAUGCGAUCACGGUCUUGCCCAGUAGCAGCUCUGGGUCUUCAGGUGGAUAUGCGGGCAAUUUCAAAGACGUGGGAAAGGCACAUAUGGGCCCGCCAGGUCAUGCUCGGGAGCUCAACAAGAAGGAACACCAUUCAGCGCCGUUCGGGUCGAAUGGCUCUGAUCCAAGCAUGUCGACUUUCAAACAGUCUUCUGCAUCUUCCACACCUCUUUGGCUUCGAGGAGACGACAGGGCCGCGUGGUUUGCAGGCGAACAUUCACAAGAAGCAGCUGUCAACAAAGGGUUCUCUUCUGUGUCUGUGCAAAAUGUGCAUGCCAUAGGUCGGCUCCCACACAUGUUGGAUGGCACCACUGACAGUCAACGUCGGUCAGCCAUGUGGAUGCUCUCAGCAGCUGGCAAAGGACGAAGCCCACAGCGAGGACAUAGCGCAACCAGUGCCUCAGAGGCCUUUGGACCCACCCGUCGCGCAGGUCGAGGCCUGGGGGUCGAGAGUGAGGAUGGAGUCCCACGUCAUUUCCUCAAAGAGGAGGAGAAAUGA